UUGAUAAAGCCACGCUGUUAUUUCUCAAAUCCUUGUGAAUCCACCAUCCUUUUGCUUCGCUUAUUUUGUUCAGGCCAUCGAAUUCCACAGUCCGUAUUUACAAAAAAUUUUGAGAAGUAAUUGAUUGGGGUUAUCUCUCUCUUGACUGGGAAGUCGAAGCAUGAGCAGCUGGGAGUUUCUAAGCGUUCAACCCUCCGAACUCAAUUUCCAAUUGGAAUUGAAGAAGCAAACGUCAUGUACUUUGCAAUUGACUAACAAGACUGAUCGUUAUGUAGCUUUCAAGGUUAAAACGACAAACCCAAAGAAAUAUUGUGUCCGGCCCAAUACUGGGAUUGUCUUGCCGAAGUCUACGUGUGAUGUUACAGUUACGAUGCAAGCUCAACGUGAACUCCCACAUGACAUGCAAUGCAAAGAUAAGUUUUUACUUCAAAGUGUCAUUGCAAAUGAUGGUGCAACUACAGCGGACAUCACCCCAGAGAUGUUUAAUAAAGAAGCUGGAAAAGUGGUUGAAGAGUGCAAAAUGAAAGUGAUAUACAUUCCUCCACCUCAACCACCCUCCCCAGUUCCUGAAGGAUCAGAUGAGGGUUCGUCUCCUAGGGCUUCUCAGCUAGACGAUGGGAAUUAUUCUUCUUCACUAUUCGACAAUGCCAAAAGCGAAUCUCUUGAGUUCAUAGAGAAACCCUCUGAGUCAUGGGCAGUGAUUACAAAGUUGACGGAGGAGAAAAAAUCUGCUAUUCAACAAACUCAGAAGUUGCAGCAAGAAUUGGGAUUGUUGAGGAGAGAAAAAGAUAGAAGUGCAGGGUUCUCAUUUUUUAUUAUGGCUCUGGUUGGUCUUUUGGGUGUCCUGGUUGGGUACCUCGUGAAGGCAUAACUUGAAAUAAUCAGGGAGAUAUAUUGCCUGCGUCCGAAUAUCCAUAUCGUCAUUUGGUCGUGUUUUGGGAAUCGAAAUAUCCAUUUCAUCCGAUGGGCAUGGUAAUCUGCAUUGGGCGCUUCAUGUACUUCCAUUCCUGUGCCACCUUAUAUCAACAGGUCUGAGAUAUAUCCUAGCCAACCUGUAACGAUCAAUAUCAUUAUUUCACCAGUCGCCUCUUGCAAUUGUGGUUGGAUGUUUGUGAGGUGCCUUAAGACGUAUUUUGUCUUCAUGUCGCAAACUCUCUCUUCUCGCAUUUCAAAUGAAAAAAACUCUCUUUUGUUUCUC